AUAUUUCAUUGGUAAUAUUUUUUAUAUAAAUAAUGAUGACUUAGAUCUUCAGUCAGUAUUUGGGACUCCUACGAAGUUACAAUGAGAGUUCUUAUCACAUUAUUGGUUGUUAUAGCGGCUGUUGCAGCUGUGCCUUCUUCCCCGCAGCGGAUUAUAGGUGGUUCAGCUACCACCAUCAACAACUACCCUUCAAUCGCUGCACUGCUAUAUUCAUCCACCGGCAACAAUUUCCGUCAGUCUUGCGGAGGCACCCUGAUCAAUAACAGAUCUAUUCUGACGGCUGCUCAUUGUCCAUUCCGCGAAUUGAUCACAAGAUGGCGUGUUCGCGUUGGCUCCUCUCUCGCUCACAGUCAGGGAAUCACCUAUGGCUUUAGUACCGUCAUCUUCCAUCCUAAUUUUAAUUUCCAAACCAUGGAUUUCGACGUUGCUAUCAUGCGUUCCUCCUCUAACAUCCAGUUUAGCAAUGUUAUUCAGCCUGGUUCCAUCGCUGGUGCCAAUUAUAAUAUUGCCGAUAACCAAGUCGUUUGGGCUGCGGGAUGGGGCAGAACUCACCCUGACAUUGCGAUCGGUGCCGAGCAACUUCGUCACGUUCAGAUCUGGACUAUCAACCAGGCCAUUUGCCGUCAACGCUAUGCCGCAGCCAGUCGCACCAUCACUGACAAUAUGCUGUGUUCUGGUGUCCUCGACGUCGGUGGCCGUGACCAGUGCGCAGGCGACUCUGGCGGGCCCCUCUACCACAACAAUGUCGUUGUUGGAGUCAGCUCCUUUGGAAUCAGCUGUGGUGACAGAUUUUAUCCUGGCGUUAAUGUCCGGGUUUCUCGAUUCACCUCGUGGAUUCAAAGCAAUGCUUAAGUGGUAACUGAAUAAAUUGAUUAUAUUAACUAC